AGCUCAGUAGUCCAUUGCUCGGAUCUGCUUGUUCGGUAGUCAAAGGCGGUAGUCCGCCAAAAAUAUCACAGAGGACGAGGCGGUGCUGUCUCUGAACAGUGACUUCGGUUCGUUACUCGAACUCUCGAGGCAUCACUCCAAUUAGCAUCCCGCGAGCAGGACACCCAACCAGCAGCAACGAUGAGCUCUCGCGCCGCCGGAUCUGUCCUACUCCGCCACCUGGGCCCGCGCAUCUUCUGCCCGGCUGCUGCGACGCCGAGGCCCCUGCUGGCCCUUGCCCGCGGUGGGGAAGGGGGCGCGACCGUGUGGGUGCGGCUGCUGUCCACCUCCGCGGCCGAGGCGGCGAAGGAGGAGGUGGCCGCGUCGAAGGGGAACGCUGCGAGCACAGCGGCGGCGAAGGCGGAGGUGGCGGAGGCCGCGAAGGAGGGGGACGGGAAGAAGCCCGUGGUGAGCAGCUACUGGGGCAUCGUGCCGUCGAAGCUGCCGAGCAAGGACGGCGCCGAGUGGAGGUGGUCCUGCUUCAGGCCUUGGGAGACGUACAAGCCGGACACCUCGAUCGAUCUCACCAGGCACCACGAGCCCAAGGUGCUGCUCGACAAGAUCGCCUACUGGACCGUCAGAUUGUUGCGCGUGCCCACCGACAUUUUCUUCCAGAGGAGGUACGGCUGCCGCGCGAUGAUGCUGGAGACGGUGGCCGCGGUGCCGGGGAUGGUGGGCGGGAUGCUGCUGCACCUGCGCUCGCUCCGCCGCUUCGACCAGAGCGGUGGCUGGAUCCGGGCGCUUCUGGAGGAGGCCGAGAACGAGCGCAUGCACCUCAUGACCUUCAUGGAUGUGGCCAAGCCCAAGUGGUACGAGCGCGCGCUGGUCCUCGCCGUUCAGGGCGUCUUCUUAAACGCCUACUUCCUCGGCUACCUCAUCUCCCCCAAGUUCGCGCACCGCGUCGUCGGCUACCUCGAGGAGGAGGCCAUCCACUCCUACACCGAGUACCUCAAGGACCUCGAGGCCGGCAAGAUCGAGAACGUCCCCGCGCCGGCCAUUGCCAUCGACUACUGGCGCCUUCCUGCUGACGCCACGCUGAAGGAUGUCGUGAUUGUGGUGCGCGCCGACGAGGCGCACCACCGCGACGUCAAUCACUUUGCCUCGGACAUCCAUUUUCAGGGGUUGGAGCUCAAGGAGACACCUGCGCCGCUUGGAUAUCAUUGAACAAACGAACAUGUGAUCCGAGUUCUUAAUUUUUAGUAAGGAAACGGGAUAGUAGCUAGUUAGUGAUGCUUGAGAAAUAGCUAGUUAGUGAUGCUUGAGGAAUAAAAUGCCCGGUUGUCACGAGUAGCAAAGAUCCCUUGGUUGUUCCAAAUUCUUAUACCCACUACGCAGUGUGUUUGUAAGCAGAGCUUCAGACCUUUACAUGCGUGCUUUAUAGCUUGGCUUGCACCAUGACUAUGCAGCUUAUUGAAUCUUGUCCUGUACCGUACCAUCAGCUUGGAAAGCAGCUUGCUUAGUUUGUUCUCCUA